GCCUCUGGACCCAGUACUCACCAGUGCUUUGCAAGGUUUAUCUGUCACGGACACACACCUUGUUGAAGUAGAUGGGGACACCCUUUCCCUGUAUGGCUCAGGGGCACUGGAAUCGCUAGACCGGAACUGGAGUGUUCAAACAGCAGGCACGGUGACCACAGUGUCCUUCGCUUUCAUAGAAUUUGAUGAAAUCGUCCAAGUGCUUCCCAAAUUGAAGAUGAAGUUCCCUAAUUCUAUGCACCUUAAAUUCAAGGAAACAAAUCUUGUGAUGCUGCAGCAGUUUAAUGCAUUAGCACAACUUCGUCGCAUCGACCAACUGACAAUUGAUCCUCAUGGAAAUCCAGUUGUCAAUUUUACACUCUGGAAAUACUAUGUACUGUUUAGGCUGAGCCAUUUCAGUAUGCAGAAAAUUAAUGGGACAGAGGUGACACAGAAUGAUAUGAUAAUGGCUGAAAGGCUCUUUGGAAUCCUAGCACACGUAGCAUCUUCGGAAUUGCCCCAGUACCGUGUGAUUUCAAUUCUGGGUGAUGCCAGGAAGAAGCAAUUCCGAUAUCUGCAAGAAACCAAAGGGAAAAAACCUGGUAUUGUCAAUGAAGAAAAUAAUGAUAGCAAAAGACUUGCAGGAGAAAACACAAACCGUGCUAUGCUAAAUUAUACCACAAGAGACUUUUAUAAUGAAAAGCUGGAGGAUAUAAAGGAAAAAAAGAAAUUCUGCCAGAUGUAUAUAGAGGACCUUGUGAAGGAAGCCACAGAAAUCAACAAGAAAAAUGAAGCUCUGCAGAAGCUUUGGCCGCAGAUGUUCAUUGAGCUUGUCAGGGAUGCAGUCAUAGAGAUCCGCAGUAAAAACUCCUACAUGAAGCUUUGCCUACAGCAGAUAACUGACCAAAAAUAGAAAUGGCUUGUAGUUGAUUUUAUAAUCACACUUUUAUGUUCUUGAAGGUUGAAAAUAAUGUGUAAGUUAAACAUGUUAAAACAAUAGCACUCUCCUACAAACUAGAAAGACUAGCAUCAAGCCGUUAUUGCCUACUGUUCUCGUAGUUAAAGGUUAGAAGGAAAGGAGGAAAGUUAGAGAGAGGGAGGGUUAAUUUCCAUGUAUGAUGACCAAAAAACCUUUGGGAGCUAAGCAGUUUUUAGAGACAGCUUGGGCCUUGAACUCACACUGCAUCUUGGGGUCUUGCUUGAAAUGGUGCCCCCUGCUAUAGUCCAAAGCACGCGGUGUUUGCUCAUGGGUCAGCAUGAGCUGCUUUCACCUUUCAGGCUGAUAAUUUCCAGUUAUUUGCCUCUUUAUUUUAUGUCAUGAUUUCAAAGCCAAAAAUAUGUUCUUUUUAUAAGUUUAUUAUUAAACUUAUUAAUAAAUUAGUAAAAAAAAGUGUGUUUGCCUCCUUA